GUCAUGAACACCGCGCCUAUUUCAUCAGCCACAUUGCAAACAAAGCGUCCACAAUGAAUUCGAAGCAAAGGACCCGAUGCAGUCUGUGACCUUUCUCUCCUUGUGCCGUUCCUAGAAUGACGAUAUGACGUGACUCACUCGCCCAUCUUAUUUAAGAUCUAGCCUCGUGGCCAAACCCGAAGGCUGGUGGGCAGUCACAAUCAGGCUGAGCAGCAUCCCGUGAUCGGGGACGAUAAAGUCAGUUCGCAGCUUGCACUGAUAUCGCGGGGCAGUCAUUCGCUCUGUGUGGCCUGGCACUCUCUUAUUGUUGCUGCGGGUGACUCCUCGACUCCCUGUCCCACUACCUCGCGGCUGCACCGCACGGGGCCUUAGCCUCCCCCCCUACUAGCCCGCCUAUCACCGCCCCCUUCGAGUGCUGCCUGCCACGCCUGGCACCUUCAACGACUUCAUCCGCAUCGCUCACUCACCGACCAGCCAUCUUGCCUUCAUCUACCCUUUAUACCACCAACACCCAACCAUUCCCCUUGAGACUGCGAUACCCUCAGACUCCAUCUGUACUCCCCUGCACAGGCCGAACAUCACUUCAUCUUCACCAUGCGUUCCAAGUUUAAGGACGAGCACCCUUUCGAAAAGCGUAAGGCGGAAGCCGAACGCAUUCGUCAGAAGUACGCCGACCGCAUCCCGGUCAUCUGCGAAAAGGUCGAGAAAUCCGAUAUCGCUACCAUCGACAAGAAGAAGUAUCUCGUCCCCGCAGAUCUGACCGUCGGCCAAUUCGUCUAUGUCAUUCGCAAGCGCAUCAAGCUCAGCCCGGAGAAAGCCAUCUUCAUCUUCGUCGACGAGGUCCUUCCACCCACUCAUGCCCUCAUGAGCAGCAUCUAUGACGAGCACAAGGAUGAGGACGGUUUCCUCUACAUCACAUACUCUGGCGAAAACACCUUUGGCGACUUGUAAAAGGCCAGCCCUCGAGACCGACGACGCGAAAGUCACGUACGACAUGCCGCUACCGGAGUCACGAUGUGUAUUGAUUUUGAGGAUGGACAACAUCUGAGCUACAUCCUGGCGUUUGGACACUUCAUUCAUGCCUGCAGAAGAGAGACUACACCAUGAGGAAAUACGUGAGACACGCAAAUGUGACUCAGCAGUGGACGGCGAGCAGAAAUGAGAGACGAGAAUUACGUGCGACCAGCGGGGAGGUUUUGAAGGCCCUUUAUUGAUUUGUAUUCAUGCUUGGUCAUUGAACAAAUUCAAGUAUCCUUUCCUCCUCGUUCCACCCCGAGGUAAAUAUUCCUCGAUUCUGCAAUUCGCAUCGUAGCAUGAGAAGGGUCCAGGAUGUGAUUCAGCCUCCGACGGCUGCAAGAGCUGACUUUUACCGACAUCGUCCUGCGCCCAACCAUCGAGCACGUUGUAAACAAGCCCCAAGUAGAGAUGACCAGAGGCUUCGCUCCCAGGGCAACCUCUCAGUUUGAAUCAGCACUUCCCUUGCCAUCCGUCGCGUCAAUCUGGUGCUUGCGU